AAAAAAAGCAUAUCACAAUUCAUUUCUCAGUGUCAGUUUCAGAAACAUCACCACGCAACAAUGGAAUUCCUCACAACCUCUCAUCCAAACCCUUCAACUUUCCUUCCAUCUCCUUCAUCACUCUCACGCAUUCCUACCCCUUUUUCAAAACCACCCAUUUCUUCUUUCAACCCUAAAACCUUUACUCCUUCACCAUUUUCCCAAUUUCGCAGAACUUCAAUCAAUUGCGUUUCCACAACCCCAUCUUCAAAAACCUCCAAAAAUUCAAACUUUGAAUCCCAACAUCAAAAACCCAGAAUCACUUUUCGACUAUCUUCGCCUCAGACGCCGGAACGGGCCAUGAGAGGUGCUGAAUCUGAUACCAUGGGGUUGUUGUUGAGGGAGAGGAUUGUGUUCUUGGGUAAUGAAAUUGAUGAUUUUGUUGCUGAUGCUAUUGUGAGUCAGUUGUUGCUUUUGGAUGCUCAAGAUCCUAAUAAAGAUAUUAAGCUUUUUAUCAAUUCUCCUGGUGGUUCUCUCAGUGCUACAUUGGGCAUCUAUGACGCGGUACAGCUUGUGAGAGCUGAUGUUUCCACAAUUGCAAUGGGCAUUGCAGCAUCAACAUCCUCAAUUAUCCUCGGUGGUGGCACAAAAGGUAAGCGUUUUGCUAUGCCCAAUACGCGAAUCAUGAUCACUCAACCCCUAGGAGGUGUUAGUGGACAAGCCAUAGAUGUAGAUAUUCAAGCGAGAGAAGUCAUGAACAACAAGGACAGUGUGUCGAGAAUUAUAUCGUCCUUCACCGGUCGUUCUAUUGAACAAGUUCUGAAAGAUAUUGACAGGGAUAAAUAUCUGUCUCCGAUUGAAGCGGUUGAAUAUGGAUAUAUUGACGGGGUAAUUGACGGAGAUAAGAUUCUUCCUCUUUUGCCAGUGCCAGAAAAAGUGGGUGAAGCAACACUAAACAUCUUUGAUCCGGAUUUCCUAUCCCCAACUAUCCCAGAUGAUGAGAUAUACUAGCUUUAAAUGAUUGAUAAUGGUUCGGUAUAUCAUUGAAUACUUAAAAUUCAUCCCCUUGCGAGGAUAGCAGCAGUAUACAACUUUUUAGGCAAAAUAUUAUGUUGUAACAAACUCUGAAAGUUUCAGGCUUAUUGUGUGUAGGAUGCUGUGACAAUUUAUCUGUCUUUCGGUUGUGAUCGAGUUAUGGAGAAAUUUGUUGAUUAUUGUUAUUUGUAA